AUGGACGCCCUGGUCCGACUCCUGCAGCUGCUGGUGUUUCUCCUGACCCUCCCCUUGCACCUCAUGGCUCUACUGGGUUUCUGGGAGCCCCUGUGCAAGACCUAUUUCCCCUACCUGAUGGCUGUGCUGACGGUCAAGAGCAACCGAGUGAUGGAGAGCAAGAAACGGGAACUCUUCAGCCAGAUAAAGGGGCUGGCAGGUACCUCGGGGAAGGUGGCCCUGCUGGAGCUGGGCUGCGGCACCGGUGCCAACUUCCAAUUCUACCCAGCUGGCUGCAAGAUCACCUGCCUGGACCCCAAUCCUCACUUCGAGAAGUUCCUGACAAAGAGCAUGGCCGAGAACAGGCAUCUCGAGUAUGAACAGUUUGUGGUGGCUUUCGGAGAGGACAUGAGACAACUGGCCGAUGGCUCCAUGGACGUGGUGGUCAGCACCUUGGUGCUGUGCUCAGUGGAGAGUCCAAAGAGAGUCCUGCAGGAAGUUCGGAGAGUUCUGAGGCCGGGAGGAGUGUUCUUUUUCUGGGAGCAUGUGGCAGAACCACUUGGAAGCUGGGCCUUCCUGUGGCAGCAAGUUUUAGAGCCCACGUGGAGGCACAUCGGGGACGGCUGCCACCUCACCAGAGAGACCUGGAGAGAUCUGGAGAAUGCCCAGUUCUCUGAACUCCAAGUGGAACAACACCCCCCUCCCAUCAAGUGGUUACCUGUAGGGCCCCACAUCAUGGGAAAGGCAGUGAAAUAACCCUUCCCCAAAUCCUGCUUCCAGUCGGUCAGUCAGACGAUCCCACCUACCCAAGUCUCCCUUCUCCUAAGAGGGAU